AUGGCUGAUGGAGCAAAAGUGUUUAAGAAGACCUGCCCCAACGGGAAGUUGUCCAUCUACCUGGGAAGGAGAGAUUUUGUGGACCACGUGGAGCGUGUGGAACCCGUAGAUGGGGUUGUCUUGAUUGACCCAGAGUAUCUGAAGGACAGGAAAGUGUAUGUGACACUCACGUGUGCAUUCCGUUAUGGCCGAGAUGACCUGGAUGUCAUUGGGUUGACCUUCAGGAAAGAUCUGUAUAUGCUGGCCAUUCAGCUUUUCCCUCCUAUGCCGGACCAGGCACCCAAGACCCUUACGCCUUUGCAAGACAAGCUGAUGAAGAAGUUAGGAGAGAAUGCUUACCCCUUCACUUUUGAGAUGGCGACCAAUUUACCAUGUUCUGUUACGCUCCAGCCAGGACCAGAUGAUGCUGGGAAGUCUUGUGGUGUGGACUUUGAGGUCAAAGGAUUUUGUGCUGAAAACCUGGAGGAGAAAAUUCAUAAGAGGAAUUCAGUACGACUGGUGAUCCGAAAGGUCCAGUUUGCACCUGUCAAUACUGGCCCAGCACCAAAGUCUGAGACUACCCGGCAGUUCAUGAUGUCAGACAAGCCCUUGCACCUGGAGGCCUCCCUAGAUAAGGAGAUUUAUUACCACGGAGAUCCAAUUGGAGUUAAUGUCAACAUUAACAAUACCACAAACAAGAUUGUGAAGAAAAUUAAAAUAUCAGUUGAGCAAAUCACAGAUGUGGUUCUCUAUUCGCUGGACAAAUAUACUAAGAUUGUGUGUUCAGAAGAGUUUGUAGAGAAUGUGGCUGCCAACUCCACCUUCUCCAAAAGCUACACUGUGACCCCCUCCUUGAGCAACAACCGUGAGAAGCGUGGCCUGGCCCUGGAUGGCAAGCUCAAGCAUGAGGACACCAACCUGGCCUCCACCACUGUUCUUAGACCAGGGAUGGACAAGGAAGUGCUUGGGAUCCUGGUUUCCUACAAAGUCAAAGUCAACCUGAUGGUAUCCAGAGGCGGCAUCCUGGGAGAUCUCACUUCAAGUGAUGUUGCUGUGGAGUUGCCUGUAAUUCUGAUGCAUCCGAAACCUGAAGACACGAGGAGGAUAUUGUGAUUGAGGAAUUUGCCCGACAGAAGCUCAAAGGAGAGAAAGAUGAUGAUGAAGAGAAGGAAGAAGAAGACAAAGGAGAAAGCUAAUGUGCUGCUGCUGCUGCUGCGCUUAGACACCACGGCCUCGAUUUCCCGGAAGUCUGCUGCGCCCAGAUUCUGAGGGCAGGGAUCCCUUAGGGUGCCCAUGUGUACUGUGUUCCAUACACCUACUUCGAUACUUUAGCAUUGUAUUUGUGGUGUGAUAAAUUUUGUAAAUCCUACCCCUCUCCACUUUAAAAGUAAAUUUCAAAACUAUAACUGCACCAAGUCCUCAGACCUAGGUAUGAUAGUAUGUAUGUCUACACCUGCUGCUC